AUUAAAGUAUAAUUAAAAAUAAAUUACAAGGAAGAGAAGAUUAAAAAAAAAAAAAAAAGAAGGAAAAACUAAUAAGAAUUCUCUUGCGCACUUGGUUAUUUCCUUUUUUUAGUGGUUGAACUUCAGAUUAUUCUUGAUUUAAAUUUUGUAUAGGGUCUUGAAUUUAUUUUUCAAUUAAAGUAAUCUCUAAAUGUUAGUAGGACUCUAGAUAAAAAAAAUACUAAUGUGUACAAUUCUACUAUCCUAAUUAGCAAAUUGUAAGACAAUGUCAAUGAAAUUCUGAAUGUUUUUCUUUUCUUUCUUCAUAGAAGCAUUCUAUUAGGACUUUUAUUGGGAUUCUUAGGUCAUACGUUUUCAUAGACAUAAUUAACAGUUGAUAAUGAAUUCUCCAUUAUUUAAAAAUUUUCGUGUUUCACUUUCAAUUUCAAGUAGUCUAAUAUUUAUUACAGGCAAAAAAAUGAAAAACAAUAGAACUAUUUGAAGGUAUAGUAAAUAGUGUGUAAAGCAUUGAUUGACAUGAGACACACGUACAUCGCACGUCCGGUAAAACUAGUACAAUUGAAUAAUCAAAAAACUGAUAUAAUAAUAAUAAUAAUAAUAAUAAUAAUAAUAAUAAUAAUAAUAAUAAUAACUUUUUGUAAAUAAUUGAUUAAAACCAAACCACAAACAUCUAUUAAAUCUUUCAUGUGAAAAUGAAUGGUUAAAGAUUCAAAUUUCAAGAGAAAAUUGAGUCAAAGACUAUAAUUUGAUUUAGAUUUUAUGUGAUAAAAUCAAUUGUGACAUGCAUAAAUAAAACUCAAUCCUCUAUUUGUCUUUUUCUACCAAAAAAUAAAUAUAGAUUUUCUUCACAAAGUAAUUAAAAAUUCAAAAUUUAUGCAUAAUACCUCGUACUCUAUGCAUCAAGAAUUUUACUUUAUUUAAUCAAAACAGAAAAGUAAAAUCAUAAUGAUUUUAUAUUUAAUGAAUCUUACCAUUAUUUAUAUCGGCAAAAUGUGAGUUAUUUCUUUUGUCAUUUUCUUUAUUGCAUAGUUAUUAUCAAAUUAGUCUGAACCAUCUAAUUAAAUGAAAAAUUGACUUGUUUAGUUAGCCGGUUACAUCAGUAACCAGGUAACCGGUUAUCAUUUUCUCCUAUAUAUUUCCCACUCUUAUGGUUCAUCCUUCUCAUUGUAUCAAGGUUAAAAAAGUGAUUAUGUUUUCCAAAAUGAAUGAGGAAUUAGCCCUUCAAAAGGCUACUGCGACCGAGUUGAAAAUAAUGGAGCAUUUGAUCAAGUUGGUAGCUAAUGAACCAGCAGUUCAGGUGGAUUGUCGUAAGAUAACUGAUUUUGCUAUUGCAAAGUUGAAGAAGGCGAAUUCUAUGGUGGGACAGACAAGUCAUGCUAGGUUCUGUCUUGGUCCAGUUCAGGCUCAGAAUGAGGUUAAAUCUCAGGCUCAGGCUAUGGUUCAGGUUCAUGAUUCCCUGACUUCAUUAUCUCUUUCUUUGUAUGGUUAUAUGGAGAAAGAGAGAGUGCUUGCACCAGCGCCGCUGUCUGUAGUGACGCCUGUGGCAGCGUCAGUGCAGACAGGCUUAAUGCUUGGGUUCAGGAAGUCAAGAGUUAAUGUUGUUGCUAUUGCUGGUUCUAGUGGUGGUUCUAGUGUUGGUGAUAUGAAAUGGAAGGAUGCUUUUGGUAGCAUGAAGAAUGGGAUAAGUUCUUAUUCCUUCCUUUCAUCUACUACAGGCGAAGGGCUUCCUUGUUCUUCUUCCAUGUUACUGCGUCUGAUGGCACAUGCUAUGUUCGCAGGAAAACAACCAUCUGCCAUCGGGAAAAGGUGUCGUGAGCAAGAACAAUCUACUGAUGGUUCUAGCAAAAAGAGGUUAGUUUUUCUAUCUUCACUAAUGCUACUUUAUUUUCUCUGUCUUUGUUUAACAUUUAUUUAUGUUUCUAAAAACAUUAGGAAUGCUUACAGUAGAUUUUUGUGAUUGGAACUUUUUAUAAAUUUCGCAUAUGACAGAAGUUUUAGUUGUCAUAUAACCCUUUUCUUUUCUUUGAAAAUCUCAAAAUGGCAUGUAGUCACUAGUUACCAGAUGUGUGUUGUGUAAAUUUACUCAUGUAUAAUAGCUUAGAAAUUAUAAAAGAGAUGUGAAUUAUACUCGGCUAGUUCAUGAGAUGAGCAUGACUGCUACACCAACAUAGGAACAUUUGCAGAUUGAAAUGUACAUUUAUUAUAUAUAAAUGCAGAUAUAUUUUAUUUUAUUUAUUUUUAUGUUAUUUUUUCAAUCAGGAAAGUUUUUCAAGAAUUACUGAUAAGAACUCCGGUGAUAAGUUCAAAAAUUACUGAUAUACCAACAGAUAAGUGUUCAUGGAGGAAGUAUGGUCAGAAGUCAAUUAAGGGUUCACCAUACCCACGGUAAUUACAAUGCACCAUCAAUCAAAAUCAUUAAUUUUGUUAUCACAUACAAUGAACAUACCAAACCUAAUAUAAAAGUUGAUAUAUUUUUUUUAAUUCAAAACCUCUUACAUGUGUAUAAAUUUUUCUGAAUGUACAGUAAAGAAGCAUGUGGAGAGGGCUAUAGAUGAUCCUGUGAUGUUAAUUGUAACAUA